AUGGUUUUGGAAAACGCCAAUUUCUUCAACCUCUUUCUCUCUUCCACUUCUGGGUUUGAUGCCACAGCUUUCUCUUCCUUCUUAACAUCUCGACCCAUUCUCGCUGUCUAUAGCUCGUUCCCUCGCUCAGAGAUUUUAUGGCGCGUCGGUGUGUUGCGUUAUGAGAGCAUGAUCCACGAGUUUGACCCGUAUUUCAAUUACCGGGUCACUCAGUUUUUGACUCAAAAGGGGUUCUAUGAGUUCUGGAACUGGUUCGACUCGGAGAGCUGGUACCCACUUGGGAGGAUUGUUGGUGGGACACUCUAUCCCGGUCUCAUGGUCACAGCCGCCCUGAUUUACUGGACUCUCCGGUUUCUAAGGUUUGCCAUCCACAUUCGUGAAGUUUGUGUACUCACUGCACCGUUCUUUGCAUCAAACACCACUCUCGUUGCUUACUUUUUUGGCAAAGAGUUAUGGGACUCUGGGGCAGGACUUGUAGCAGCUGUGUUAAUUGCCAUUUGCCCUGGUUACAUCUCAAGGUCGGUUGCUGGUUCAUAUGAUAAUGAGGGGGUUGCUAUAUUUGCGCUGCUGCUCACUUUCUUUUUAUUUGUCAAGGCUGUGAAUACUGGUUCACUUGCUUGGGCACUGGCCUCUGCUUUUGGGUACUUCUACAUGGUUUCAGCAUGGGGUGGUUAUGUUUUCAUCAUUAAUUUGAUCCCACUAUAUGUAAUGGUUCUGUUGAUUGCUGGGAGAUACUCAAUGAGAUUGUACGUAGCUUAUAACUGCACUUAUAUCUUGGGGAUGUUGCUCGCAAUGCAAAUUCGUUUUGUGGGCUUCCAGCAUGUGCAGUCUGGAGAACAUAUGGCGGCAAUGGGAGUGUUUUUCUUGAUGCAGGUAUUUUAUUUCCUGGAUUGGGUCAAGCACUUGCUGAAUGAUCCAAAGUUGUUUCACACAUUUCUGAGGAUUACAGUGACCUGUGCGGUAGGUUUUGGUGCCAUUGCUCUGGGUGUUGGUACUGCUUCUGGUUAUAUUUCUCCAUGGACGGGGCGAUUUUACUCUCUCUUGGAUCCAACUUAUGCAAAGGAUCACAUUCCCAUAAUUGCAUCUGUAUCUGAACAUCAACCGACGGCAUGGUCAUCGUUCAUGUUUGAUUUUCAUAUAUUGCUUCUCCUUUUCCCAGCGGGUUUGUAUUUCUGCUUCAAGCGGUUGUCAGAUGCCACAAUAUUUAUAGUGAUGUACGGUCUCACAAGCAUGUAUUUUGCUGGAGUCAUGGUUCGGUUAAUUCUUGUUGCUACACCUGCUGUAUGUCUUAUUAGUGCCAUUGCAGUCUCAGCUACUAUUAAGAAUUUAACUCAGUUGUUGCGGGCAAAGAGCAAAGCUUCUCAUAGUGCCUCUGGCAAAGGAACCACUAGCACCAAGGCUUCUUCUAAGGGUUCACUGGAUCAAUCACUACCAUUUCAAAAAAAUGGUGCUAUUGCAUUGCUUCUAGGUGCAUUUUACUUGCUGAGUAGAUACGCUAUCCACUGUACCUGGGUCACUUCUGAGGCAUAUUCAUCUCCUUCAAUUGUCUUAGCUGCAAGGGGUGCCCACGGGAAUCGGGUCAUUUUUGAUGAUUAUCGUGAAGCCUACUUCUGGCUGAGGCAGAACACUCCUCCAGAUGCCAAGGUGAUGUCAUGGUGGGAUUAUGGCUAUCAAAUCACCGCCAUGGGGAACAGAACAGUAAUUGUUGACAAUAACACCUGGAAUAACACACAUAUUGCUACUGUCGGACGUGCAAUGUCAUCUUAUGAGGAUGAAGCAUAUGACAUAAUGAGAUCACUAGAUGUGGAUUAUGUGUUAGUGGUAUUUGGAGGUGUUACGGGCUAUUCUUCUGAUGAUAUUAACAAAUUUUUGUGGAUGGUAAGAAUUGGAGGGGGAGUCUUUCCUGUGAUCAAGGAACCUGAUUACCUUGUUAAUGGUGAAUAUCGUGUCGACAAAGGUGCAGCUCCAAAGAUGUUGAACUGUUUAAUGUACAAGCUCUCUUACUACCGGUUUGGUGAGCUGACAACAGAAUAUGGCAAACCUCCUGGAUACGAUAGAGCAAGGGGGGUCGAAAUAGGAAAUAAAGACAUAAAGCUUGAAUACUUGGAAGAGGCAUUUACCACGUCUAACUGGAUAGUCAGAAUUUACAAAGUCAAACCACCCAAGAAUAGGUGGUGA